AUGGCGAUGGAGGGUUCACGGCGGCUGAAGGAGGCUCUGUUCGGGCGAGCACCAGGGUCUACGACGAUAGCUACUUCCGCAGUGGAUGGUACAAGUGGGAUCACAUCGUCUUCUACUUCUUCUGUAAAGCCCUCGAUCUCGCUGGCGCGGGGGGCGCGGGUGCGGUACGGCUGCGGGGGCUGUGGGGCGUGGAGCGGGCUGGCGGGGGCCACCACCACCGGUGGUGGGGCUGCGGGGGUCUCCGACGAGGGGGCGGGCUACUGGUGCGGCGACUGCGGGGCCGUGCGCUGCGGUGCGCGCUGCGUGACGGCCGAGGUCGAGGCCCAGUACUGCGGGCAGUGCCUCGACAACGUCACUUCCUACGACGCCGCCCUCUUCCGCCAUCGCUGCAAGAAGUGCUUCCGCUGCCCGGCCUGCCUCGCCCCGCUCUCCUUCGCCCAGCAGCUCGCCCGCGUAGCGGACCAGCCCACCACCACCGCCUCUGCCGCUACGCCGACCACGGGCGCUACCGCCCCACAGAGGGUGGUCUACCUCCACUGCUCCUUCUGUCGUUGGAACUCGCUCGCCCUGCCCUCGCCCCUCCACGCCGAUUCCCCCACUGCCCUCGUCACGUCGUUCAUCAAGCGCGAGCGAGGGGACGAGAGCCAGAAGCGCGUGGCGGAGCAAGUAGAGGCCUUCCACCGCGAACACAGGGAGGCGCGCCUACGGGCUCACAUUGCAGCGUUCGUUUCGGGGGUCCAGGAGGGCGGACAGAAGGCGCCGCUGGGGCCGAUCACCGUCGAGCAGGUCGAGCAGGCGCGCCUGGCCCAGGACGCCAAGCUCUCGCUGGCCGCCGUGAAGCGGGAGUCUCCCCUCCAACUCGCUCCCGACGACACCCUCCCCUCCUAUCCCCUCCAAGUCUCCCAGACGGCCACGCUGGACCAGCGAUUGCUCGAUCCCAACCCGGACUGUCGGCUCGUUUCGGAGCUGUCGGCGCAGCGGUGGCUGCUGGGCACGCGCGUCUCCAAGCGGUGUCGACCCUGCGGAAAGCUCCUCAUCAAGCCCGACCUCAUCGGCGCCAAGACCGACUUCAAGCGGCAGCACGCCGCCCUCUUCUACCUCCCGCUCAUCUCCCUCGAGGAGGUACUGCAGGACGAGGCCUCCGGUUGGUGGGCGUUCCGGGUGGUGUUGGCCAACCCGCCGCAGCGUUCCUCCCACCUACCACUCAUCAUCACCGCCUCCGUGGAGGGCGCCGGUGAGGUGCAGCCCGCACAACCCGUGGAGACGUUCCUGGGCGUCGCCGACGAGUACGACAAGUUUUGGGAGACGGACGUGUACGGUGAGCUGUCCGAGCGAGACCGAAAGCAGAACGAGGGCGUCGUGCUGCACCGCCACCUCAACAAGCUCGCCCUCCGAUACCGCGUCGGCCCGCUCGCCUCCUCUCACGUCAAGCUCCAAUUCAAGAUCACGAUGGGCCGCACGCCAGCCACCAGCGAGGAGGCCACCAUCGCCGCCCUGAUCGAGCUCGAGCUGCCCCACGACCAACCUUCGCCGCCAUCAUCAUCGUCGCCUUCCGCUUCAUCGCAGUAG